AUGUAUGACUGGCUGUUACAGCAGCUUGAUGUUCGCAAUGCAUUCUUAAAUGGAAAUCUCACUGAGAUUGUUUUUAUGGAACAAUCACCUGGGUUUAUAGAUGAUCGCUUUCCUACUCUUGUUUGUUGUUUAAAGAAAGCUCUUUAUGGUCUCAAACAGGGACAUGUGUUGGUUUAUCUUCUUGUCUAUGUCGACGAUAUAAUCCUUAUGGGUAACGACACAACCUUUUUCAAUACGUUUGUGGCCAAACUACAUCAGGAAUUCUCCAUCAAAGAUUUGGGAGCAUUGGGAUAUUUUUUAGGGCUUGAAGUUACUCACAAAAAUCACAGCAUAUUUUUGACUCAAACAAAGUAUGCCUAUGAUAUUUUAGCUCGUGCAGGUCUGGUGGAUGCAAAGCCUGUCACUACCCCUUUGUCCUCGACAGAAGUCUUUCUUUCCAAAGGGGAACUGUUUCAUGAUCCGAUUCUUUACAAGUCAUUAGUUGGAGCUCUUCAGUACUUGACUAUCACACGCCCAGAUCUGUCUUGUGCUGUGAAUCAAGCCAGUCAACAUCUUCAGUCGCCCACAGUUUCUCAUUUUCAAUCUGUCAAACGGAUCCUCCGAUAUGUCAAAGGCACUUUCGCCUUUGGUCUACAUUUCUCUAAAGAGUCUACUCCUACUUUACUUGGCUACUCGGACGUUGAUUGGGCUCGCUGCAUUGAAACUCGCCGUUGUAGUUACGGUUACUCUAUUUAUUUAGGUGGUAACCUAGUGUCUUGGAGUGCUAAGAAACAACCUACAGUUGCUCGGUCUAGCUGCGAGUCUGAAUACCGUGCAAUGGCUAACACUGCAACAAAGAUUAUUUGGCUCACUCAUCUACUUCGUGAGCUUCAUGCUCUCCCUAUGGACGUCCAACCCUUUUAUGUGAUAAGAAAAGAGCUAUUUUUCUCAGUCAGAAUCCGGUGUCUCAUAAAAGAGCCAAGCACAUAG